CCCCCGGACGGGACCCCCGGACGGGACCCCCGGACGGGACCCCCGGACGGGACCGAGGGCGCCCAGCGCGGGCGUCGGGAGGGCCCGGCCAGCGGCGGGGAGGCCCGCUCCCGCCCCAAGAUGCUGCCCCGCCUCCGCCGCCUGCUGCAAGGUCCCGCGUCAGCCUGCCUGCUGCUCCUGCUGUUGAGCCCGCAGCCGGGCGCCCCGACCUGCCCCGUGCUGUGCACCUGCUACUUCUCCCCGCCCACGGUCAGCUGCCAGGCCAACAACUUCUCCGCCGUGCCGCUGCUCCUGCCGCCCGACACCCAGCGCCUCUUCCUGCAGAACAACCUCAUCCGCUCGCUGCGGCCCGGCACCUUCGGGCCCGGCCUGCUCACCCUGUGGCUCUACUCCAACAACCUGUCGGUCAUCCACCCCGGGACCUUCCGCCGCCUCCAGGCCCUGGAGGAGCUGGACCUCGGGGACAACCGACACCUGCGCUCCCUGGACCCGGACACUUUCCAGGGCCUGGAGCGCUUGCAGUCCCUGCACUUGUAUCGCUGCCAGCUGAGCAGCCUGCCCGGCUCCAUCUUCCGGGGCCUCGUCAGUCUCCAGUACCUCUACCUCCAGGAGAACAGCCUGCUCUAUCUCCAGGAUGACCUGUUCGCCGACCUGGCCAACCUGAGCCACCUCUUCCUCCACGGGAACCGUCUGCGGCUGCUGGCCGAGCACGUGUUCCGCGGGCUGGCCAGCCUGGACCGGCUGCUGCUGCACGGGAACCGGCUGCAGGGCGUCCACCGGGCGGCCUUCCGGGGCCUGGACCGCCUCACCAUCCUCUACCUGUUCAACAACAGCCUGGCCUCGCUGCCCGGCGAGGCCCUGGCCGACCUGCCGGCCCUGGAGUUCCUGCGCCUCAACGCCAACCCCUGGGCCUGUGACUGCCGGGCCCGGCCGCUGUGGGCCUGGUUCCAGCGGGCCCGGGUCUCCAGCUCGGACGUCCCCUGCGCCACCCCGCCGGAGCGCCGCGGCCAGGACCUGCGGGCCCUGCGGGAGGCCGACUUCCAGGCCUGCCCGCCCGCCGCCCCGACGGGGCCUGGGCCUCGGGCCCGCUGGGAGGGCUCCCGCGCCAACAGCUCCUCCAACCACCUGUACGGGCUGGGCGAGGCCGGGGCGCCCCCCGCAGACCCCUCCACCUUGUACCGGGACGUGCCGGCCCAGGACCCCCGGGGGCCCCAGGGUGGCGGCGACGCGCCCACCGAGGACGACUACUGGGCCGGCUACGGCGGAGAGGACCGGCGGCUGGGGGACGGCUGCCCGGGCCCGGCCUGCCCGCCUCCGCUGGACUCCCGGGGCUCGGCCCGGCCCCCGGGGCCGCCCGCCCUCCUGCUCUGCCUCCUGCUCCUGCUCCCCUACCACCUCUGACCGGGGGCUGUGGCCGGGGGCUGCCGACCAUCGGGGCAGGGGUAGGGAGGGUGGUCCGGAUGCCGCGGCCCACGGGGACGAGGCCCCUUCCCCACCAUCCCAACCGCCUGCCCCUGGCUGCCGGCCCUCCUCCGCCCACCGGGACCGCGGCCCCCCCGGGACAUGGGGCGUCCCCCAGAACUCUCCUUUCCGGACCCCCGCUCUCCCCUCCCUCCAGGUGCUUCGUCUUGGGACUUACCCUCCCACCCCCUGGGAUCUGGGGGUGGGGGCUCCCUGCCUCUGGCUCCAUCCGUCCCCCCGCCUCCGGUUCCCAGAGGGGCGGUGGGCCUGCCCCCGGCCCCCUCGGAUCAGAGCCAGGAAUGAGACCUGAGGGUCGAUGGGCAGGAAGGCCCAGCGCGGGGGGGUCCCGGGACUGGGAGAAAGGGCUCCAAACUGCAGCAGGCCCCCCUCCCCCGGGGGGCCGCAAACUGCAGACCAUUCUGACCCCGGCUAGGGGAACAGGGCUGUGUCCCCCGAGCCCACCUUCUGAUGCCCCCCCGCCCUCCUCUUCCCCACGGCCGGGGAAGGAGAAGGGGGGCUUCCCCAGCCUGUUUCCUUAGAGACUCUUGGGGCCCCCCGGGUCUCCCCAGAGAUCAUCCCUCUCCACCCUGUCCCCAGCCCGCCCACCGGGCAAAGAACAAAAUGUUGGUUGAGAAAAAAUUUAUUAAAAAAUUAUAUUAUUUUA